CUUCAAUCCAGAAAUGGCAGUCAAUGGAAUAUCGAGUUAUGUACCAGAAAUCCAAGCAAACAACGAGGCGGCACCCUUGAUCCAUGAUGAGUCGGAGAUCCCUGCCAGCCAGGGUGAGCCUCAUCAGGCACCGAAGAGCAGUUGGGAGCUGUUUAUAUUGACUCUCACUAUGGGAGGUCUUCAAGUAGUCUGGUCUAUCCAGCAUUCUAGUGGAUCCCCAUAUCUCCUCUCUCUGGGAAUGAGCAAGGCAUUGCUUGCGUUUGUCUGGGUUGCUGGACCUCUUACCGGGACGCUCGUACAGCCCUACAUUGGUAUCCGCAGUGAUAACUGCCGCAGCCGCUGGGGUAAAAGAAAGCCUUUUAUGAUUUUUGGCGGGACUGUGACCGUGAUAAGCCUCUUGGCGCUGGCGUGGAUUCGAGAAAUAGUUGGGAUUUUGCUCUGGAUAUUUGGCGUCGAUGCUCAAUCUGACAAGGUGCAAGUAGCUGCGAUCGCCGCUGCGAUGAUCUUGAUGUAUUGUCUUGACUUUGCGAUUAACACAAGUGAGUAUCCUCACUUGCUGAUCCUAGCCUGUUUGAAAGUGAAUCUGACUGCAGCAGUCCAGGCGGCAACUCGUGCUUUGAUUGUCGACAUUGCCCCUUCUUAUCAGCAAAAAACGGCAAAUGCCUGGGCAAGUCGUGUUAGCGGAGCAGGAAAUAUACUGGGCUGCAUCCUUGGUUUCAUGGAUCUACCAAAAAUUCUCCCUACUCUGGGGAACACGCAGUUUCAAGUGCUGUGCGUACUGACAAGCUUCUCGCUAUUAGCUACGCUACUGAUAACUUGCAUCUACACGCAAGAGCAAGUCCACCACGAGGAAUCACCGGCAGCCAAUAAUUUAACCGCCAUGUCGCUCGCCCGGUUGAUUCAUCAGUCUGUCAAUCAACUUUCAUCGCAGACACGGAGAGUUUUUGCAAUUCAGUUUGCGUCCUGGUUUGGAUGGUUCUUGUUCCUAUUCUACGCGACGACCUAUAUAGGCCAAUUGUACGUUAACCCGGUCUUGGAUGAACAUCGCCAUCUAUCCGAUGACGAGAUCGAUAAAAAGUGGGCGGAUGCCACACGGAUUGGUACAUUUGCGCUCUUCAUAAAUGCGAUUGUCUCAUUCGCAGCGAGCAUCAUCCUUCCCCUUCUGAUUCCUCCUGGCAAGGAGGUCGGAGGAGGCACUGAUUCGGGUUCCGGGCCGUCAUGGCGGAUACCAAUGUUCAGCGCACGUAUUCGGACUGGUCUAACACUCCGACGCCUCUGGCUGCUAUCACACAUCCUCUUCGCGGCUUGCAUGCUCAGCACAUUCUUCAUAUCCACCACCGCAGCCGCAUCAGUAAUGACAGGAAUAAUCGGCAUCCCAUGGGCAAUCACAUCGUGGGCACCCUGGGCAUUCAUUGCGGGAGAAAUAGGGCAGCACGAUACCGGCCAAAGUGUCUCCCAGUCGUCCCGUCACGAUGAAGAGUCAACUGAAGGUGGCGAUGCCGGCAUAGCAGGACAAGCUGGUAUUGUUCUUGGUCUACAUAAUGUGUUUAUUUCGCUUCCGCAGGUUGUUUCCAGUCUUUUUAGUAGUAUUGUGUUUAAGAUGUUGCAGAAACCCAGGGGAGAGCCUUGGGAUGAGAGCGUGGCGUGGGUUAUGCGAUUUGGGGGAUGUGUGGCGCUGGUAGCGGGGUAUUUGACCGUCGCGCUGAGGGAGCAGCAGAUGAAGGCGUAGUAUUCUAAUAGCCUUGCAUGUGAUAGAUUUGGAAUGAUAGAAUACUGUUAGAGUAGAUUUUCUUAUGUUGUUGGAAGGCGGGAGGUUUCCAUACUUUCACUUGCCGAAUCGGUCAUAAUGUCAUCGGAGGG